AUGUCACCCGAACAAACCGCCGCAUACCUCGCCCGCUUCCGCGACCGCAUCGCCACUAUCCGCCAGAACGUAACUGUCGUCUCCCUCAAAGGCAAGUUCGCAAACCCCAUCCGCCGCAGAGAAGACCUGGGACGCAGGGGAGAUAAUGCACGAACGGCACUGUCUGCGUCGCUGGGUCUGUAUUAUACUGGCGUGGAUAAGUCGGAGGAGGAUCUGAGGGAUGUGAGUCCCGUGGGGUGGGGGGAUGGGGAUGGUGAUGGGGAUGGGGAUGAAGAUUGUGAUGGGGAUGAGGAUGGAAGGUCUGAUAGCAUGGAACCUCUGCGGAAUCGCGAUCGAGAUUCCAGCAGAGGGGAUAUCAACGACGGGACGUGGGGUGGAGAAUGGGAGUUAGAUAUGGAUAGGGAGGAGGAGCGGUUGAUGCGUAUGGAGCACCGGAUUGCGGAAGAGCGUGAAGAGAGUGUAUCGGGUGGGGAAAAGAGUAUGCUAAGGGAUCUGGGGGCUGAGGAGUGGAAUGGGGGAGGGGCAGAUGAAGAGGCGCGAGAUGAAGAAGCGCAGGACGAGGAAGCGCAAGACGAAGAAGCGCAGAACGAAGAACCGCCAGACGAAAAACCAUCCCAUACUGCUACCCAAGACGAAGAGAACGAAGACGAAGAACCACCCUAUCCCGCCAGCCAAGGAAACGAAGACUCCAUCUCCCUCCCCUCAAACCCCUACCCCGAAGACGACUUCCUCCUCCCCCUAACCCGACAACCCGCACGAACCACACCUCCCCCGCCCUUCCCCUCCCCUCCCAACCUAAUCAUCCACCCAAACUCCUCACCGGGACUAUCGAUUCCAUCACCCGGACCAUCGAUACCAUCAAACCCUUACCCAGAAGACGCACCGUCCUCACCAACCCCCUCUUCCCAGCCCCCUCCACCACCACCACCCCGACCCACACAAUCCCCAUCCCCAUACUACCGCGCUAACGAUCUCGCCUAUUAG